AUGAGCCCCGGGUGCACCUGGGGUGCGCUGCUCCUCGCCGCGCUCCUCCUGCAACCCGCGCUCUCGUCGCCGGAUUUCCGUGUCGGCGCCCGGUUCGCCGUGCGUCUGCCCGGAGCCUACCAGCCGGGCUUCACGGGGCGGACCACGGUGCUCGAGGCGGCCGGCCAGCGGCAGCCCCGCUUCGCCGCGGCCGUGAGCGCGGAGGCCGGCACGGGAGGAGGGUACCUGUGCUCUCUCGUCGUCCUGCUGGCCAACGUCACGGUCUGGGCUUCGGGUCGUCCCGACCAGGAGUUCGCGGCGCGGGCUGUCUGCCAGCUCGAGCUCACGGCGGACGGGCAGCUGCGGCUGACGGACGGCGCCAUGGCCGUCGUGUGGUGGUCCGGUACGGCGGGGCAGGGCGCCAAGGUUCUGCGCUUGGAUUCCAAAACCGGCAACCUCCGUCUCCUGGACGACAAGAAGCAUACGGUAUGGCAAAGCUUCGACAAGCCCACGGACAAACUCCUGCCGGGCCAGUGGCUCCGGGUGCCCUCGUACUUCACCGUGUCCCCGGCGAAGAUUUCUUCGCCAUUCUACAGCGUCGAGCUCGACACCGACAAGAUUGGCGCCUACAUCUACUUCGGAGAGCAAAAGUACUCCUACUGGGAGCUGGCCCCCAACAGCAACCAGGCCAUGGCGUUCGCGGGAAUGGACGAGUCGGGGCUGACGAUGUACGACCAGCGGCGGCGACCCGUCGCGAAAAUCUCGCCGGCGGUGAACAAAGGGCCGGUCAGGUUCCUGGCGCUGGGAGACGAUGGCAGCCUGGGGCUCUACGCCUACGACAGCCGUCACGGGAACUUCACGCCCUCGUACGAGGCGCUGGCGUUCUGCGACCUCCCCCUCGCCUGCGGCGUCCUCGGCGUCUGCUCCCUCUCCGGGAGCUGCCGCGACUUCGCCGCGCGCGGCGUCCGGCCGGCGCAGGGCGGCACCCUCUGCAACGCGACGGCGACCAGCUCCGACGCUCUCCACGACAUGGUGGAGGUGAGGGGCGUCACCACCGUUCUGAGGGCCGACUCGCCGCUCACCAACGUGCCGGUGCAGCAGUGCGUGGACCUGUGCCUGCGCGACUGCUCAUGCGCCGCCGCGCUCCACGUGAAGGACGACGCCGUCGCCGGCAGCGGCGUCUGCUCCCACUACGAGCUGACGGCCGGGGCGAGGGAGGUGAUCGGCGGAGAGGAUGGCCAGCGGCACAGCUACUGGGUGAAGGUUCUCAAGGGGAGCAAGAGCAACUGCCGGGAAGACGAAGAGGAUUACGAUGCCAGAAACGAGGCGCUCAACAAGAUCCUGAUCAUCUUCGGCGUAGUGGAUGUGAUCGGCCUGCUCUUGUUUGGCGGGCUCUGCGUGUACUUCAUCUGCCUUCGUGGGCGCACCGCCGACGAGCACGUCUGCGAAGAAGAUGGAGAAGCAGCAGGCCACGACAGAGGAGCCGCGGAGCCAGAUCGCAAUGCUAACAACAGUGGAGCUGUACAAGACUCAUAG